AUGGCAUUAAAAAAUGUAGAUGACUAUUGGCUACCCAUUAAUUCUCCUGGUCCAUCCGAUUGGCUUGCAAAUGAACACGAAUCAGGCUAAACUUGUAAAAUAAAGACAUUGCCAAGUGUGGAUAUUAAUACAAUUGAAAAUAUUGAAACUAGAAAGUUUCCUGGUGAUUAAUAUGCUCCAGAUACACCAGGAUUGUUACAAUAUAAUGCUUCAUAGAUUAUUAGCUGGUUAGCUAAAAUAUACAAACCCAAAAACCCUAAAGCAAUUUGUAUAAUUGCAAUAACAACUCAGGAUAUUUAUCCUGAUGAAAAGUUUUCAUUUUUGUUUGGAUUGGCAAACAUAACGACCCAAGUAGGUGUAUUUAGUUUUCUAAGAUAUGAUCCUUUAUUCAAUGGAGAUAUAUUGAAUUAGGGGGAUGAUGGUUCUAACUUAAUGUUACACAGAGCAUGUAAAGUUAUGACUCAUGAGAUUGGGCAUAUGUUUGGUAUUAAACAUUGUAUAUAUCACGAAUGCUGCAUGAAUGGUAUAAACCAUAUCUAAGAAUGCCAAAAUAAGCCUCUUUAUUAUUGCGCUAUAUGCCUCAGAAAGCUUUAACAUGCUAUUGGAUUUGAUGUUUUAGAGAGAUACUAAUCUCUUACACAAAUAUGA